GACAAAGUCUCAACUUACUCCCUAUAAAAUGCCCACAUCUUUUUCCUGCAUCUCCACACUCACAAACUGCAAACUUUGUUCUCUAUCUCUACACAACUACAUUUCACACCCCAACUCUUUCAUUACACAUUACUUCUCCAUUCUCUAUCACUACUAGAAAUGGCGGCCACAACGACGACGGCGACGACGAUGUUGGCGCAGCGGUUGUGGUGUUUGCUGCGCAAGGCAUUGCUGUGGGCGCGAAAAGGCGGUGCCUUGAACCGUAGGCUUGUGGCCGAUCUCCGCGUUGUUUGUAACCGGCUUAGGAGCCUUCAAGGCGGCCGCAGUUCCUCGAUGCUCCGAUACGAUGAGCUGCAUUACAGGGAGUGCGAGUUAUCGUUUGCCGAGACCCCCACCUUUCAGCUCAAGAUGUUUAAGUCCAAGUUUCGUUGCAUCAAUCCAGCAGUUGAUUCUGACGACGAAGAACAUUUUGAGUACAAAUACGAUGACGACGACGACGACGACGAUAAGAACAGCGACGCAUUGUAUUUGGAGUAUGACAAAGAAAACUACGAAUGCCAAUCGAAACACGAAGAUGGCAGCGUCGAUCGGAAGGCGGAUGAAUUCAUAGCCAAGUUCUAUCUGCAGGUCAGGCUGCAGCGCGAGCUUUCGAUGCAGAAAAGACAACAAAACAACGCGAAAAAAACGGAGUAAUCUUAGCUAAGAAACAAUGGUUAGUUUUAUUAGGUUUUGCUAUCUGUUCUAUUACACAAGCACAAAAAUUAUAAAACCAUAUUCUUUGAUUUUGUUUUUUUUUUGGUGCACCAAUUCCAAAACUUGAUGUACAUGAGGAGAUCUACAAACUGUACCAAUUAUUUGCAAUUUUCUCAUAUGUUACAAUAUAUAUGUUCAAAUGCAUAAACUCUGCUCAUAAAAGCAAAUUACUCUGUAAGAAAUUCCCAGAUUAUAGCCAAUAAUGUAAGCACUCAUUCAAUAGCAACAAUUUUUUUUGGCUUUG